UCAGUUCAGCUUAGACCAGCCCAGCUCAGCCGGGCGGAGGUGGCAGCGGCUGCGGCAGCGAGCGCUGCCCCGUGUCACCUGCUGCCGGCACACUCCGGCUGCCUUACGGAGCGCCGGCCGGAAUCUGAGACAGCGAGGGAAGGCGCCCGCCCCGCACUUCGCCGCUCUCCGCCCGCAAUCGCCCGGGACACCCGCCGCGACACCGACACCGACACGGGCCGCCGCCGCCGCGCCAUGGCGCUCGCAAGGCAAGUGCUUUGUGUGUGUGCUUUGCUGGGGCUGCCGCUCGCUGGCGCCGAGCCCAUCCGCUACUCCGUAGCCGAGGAGGCGGAAAGCGGCUCCCUGGUGGGCGAGCUGGCCGAGGACGCGGGGCUGACGCCGGCGCAGCUCUCGGCUCGCCGCGCCCGCCUGGUCUCGGAGGACGGCCGCCAGCAUUUUCGCUUGGAGCGCUCUUCCGGCCGCCUCGUCGUGGCAGGGAGGCUGGACCGGGAGCAGCUGUGCGCCCAGUCCGACACCUGCAUGCUCCCAUUCGAGCUGCUGCUCUCCGACCCCCUGCAGUUCUUUCGGGUCGAGGUGACUGUGAAGGAUAUCAAUGACAAUUCACCCGUUUUUCGAGAAGAUCGAGUCAGUUUUCGGAUCCCCGAAACGAGCGACCUGGGCUCUCGUUUCCCGCUGGAGGUGGCUCGGGACCUCGAUAUUGGCCGCAACACUGUCCAGGGGUACAACAUCUCUCCUGAGAACGAGUAUUUCAGUGUCUCCUAUGGAAGUCAGAGUAGUACUGAGAAAUAUGUGGAACUUAUUCUGGAAAAGGCACUAGACAGAGAGGAGCAGGCAGAGAUGGGUUUCCAUGUUAUUGCUGUAGAUGGGGGCUCUCCUCCCAGGAGUGGAAACAUUGAGAUCUCUAUAAUCAUUCUAGAUGCAAAUGACAAUGCUCCCAAAUUCAUGCAAGAGCCUUACAUUACGAAGGUUUCAGAAAACACGCCAAAAGGCUCUGUGAUUCUGACUGUGCUGGCAGCUGAUCCAGAUGAAGGAGUUAAUGGGGACAUCUCCUACCAACUCAAUGAAGUCGUUGGACAGAGUGAGUCAGUAUUUGUGAUUGAUCCCAUAACUGGUGAAAUUAAACUCACAAAACCACUGGACUUUGAGGCAGCAAAAAUGCAUGAGCUGAUUGUUAGGGCCACAGAUGGUGGAGGGCUGUCAGCAAUCUGCAAGGUGUUGGUGGAGGUGGUGGAUGUGAAUGACAAUGCCCCAGAGCUGGUGGUCAGUUCCUUCAGCAGUCCCCUCCCCGAGAACACAGUGCCCGGCACGGUGGUUGCCCUGUUUACGGUCAGGGACCGGGAUUCUGGUGCCAACGGGAAGAUCUCCUGUGCCCUGCAGGAUCAGCUCUUCUUCUCCCUGCGGCCAGCCUACAAGAAUUACUAUGAGCUGGUGACAGUGAGCGCGCUGGACCGCGAGGAGACGCCUCAGCACAUCCUCAGUGUGACAGCAGCAGAUGCGGGCUCGCCUCCUCUCACCAGCAUGCACACCUUCACCGUGGACAUCUCCGACGUCAAUGACAAUGCCCCCGUCUUCAACCAGACCUCCUACACCAUGUACGUGCGUGAGAACAACGUGCCCACGGUGUUUGUGGGAGCCGUGAGCGCUGCAGAUGCUGACGUGGGGCUGAAUGCCAAGGUGACCUAUUCCCUGGCAGCAGAGGAAGGGCCAGAGUGGGCCUGGUGCUCCUGCAUCUCGGUGAACUCGGAGAAGGGACACGUGUUUGUGCUACGGCCCCUGGACUACGAGCGCUUGAGGCAGACCGAGGUGACGGUCAGUGCCUCUGACGCGGGCUCUCCUCCGCUGAGAGCCAACGUCACCGUGCGCCUGGUGGUGCUGGACGAGAACGACAACGCCCCGCUUGUGCUCUACCCGGCCCAGGAGAGCGGCCCGGCCUCCAGUGAGCUGGUGCCCGUGUCGGCUGAGGCGGGCUACCUCAUCAGCAAAGUGGUGGCCGUCGAUGUCGACUCGGGACAGAACUCGUGGCUCUCCUACCACCUGCUCAGGGCCACCGACCCAGGCCUGUUUUCCGUGGGCCUGCAAAGCGGCGAGGUGCGUCUCAGGAGGCCGGUGACAGAGAGAGACAGCGUCAAGCAGAAGCUGGUGGUGCUGGUCAGAGACAACGGCAAGCCCCCGCUGUCAGCCACGGCAGCUCUCAGCGCUCUCCUGCUCAAGGACUUCUCCGACGUGCGCCUCCCGCACAGCAGCCCGGCCAGCGAGGAUCAGGCCGCCGCCUCCCUGACCACCUAUUUAAUCAUUGCCUUGGUCUUUGUCUCCCUCCUCUUCCUCAUCUCCACGGCAGUGCUGCUGGCUCGCAAGCUGUGCAGGAGGAAGGAGCUGAAGGCUGGCCCUGUUCUCUAUGCUGCCGACACCUUGCAGAGCGGCCUGGCCGAUGCGGCCGCUGCAGGGACCCUGCCCCGCGCCUAUUGCUACGAGAUCAGCCUCACCACGGGCUCGGGCAACAGCGAGUUCAGAUUCCUCAAGCCCAUCCUUCCCAGCCUGCCCCCACAGCACUGCGCCGUGGGCCAGGGCCCCGAUGAGGAACAGGAUUUCCCCUGUGUCCCUGUCAGCAGCGAGGACAUGGCCCCAGACAAUGCUGGCACUCUCUCUGCAGGACAGUUCAACGCUCUUUCCUUUGACUAGCUGGCGUCUGCUCAUACUAUGGCUUCAUGGAUAUUGGGAAGAAAAUAUCCAGUCCGCAACAUGUGGCAAUCUUUCCUCUGUAGAAAAUUUUUGUUUUUCAUUUGUGUAACCAGCUUCUGGCACAUUGUCUUUGAAAUCCAUGUCUGCCACUGCAGAUAGCAAUGGAGGAAAUAAAAGACGCCAAGAUUCUCUCACUUAGCUUGUAAUGGGUUUCACCAUUCCCUCAGCCUUUUCUGAUAGGCUUUAUCUAUGUGGAUAGCCCUCAAUCUAUGAUCUUCUUUCUCUUGCUCUCUGACAAAGACAGAGGAUUUUUUAUUCUGAUCUGCAAGACAAUAUCACUGUGUCCCAAACUAAUCAUAUCCUCACUGAAAAGCUAAAAGUCUUUUUCCCACCACCGGAAAGCAAAGAAGUUGUGAUUACUGUGUCAAUAUGUCACCCGAGCACUAGGCCCUUUCUUCCCUGGAUUCAGGAUGUCUCUCUCUGAGAUGUGAGCUCUGCAUGCUUUGCUUUCUUGUCCCUAUGUUUGUCCAUGUAGACACUGAGUACCAGCAAAUGCUUCAGUAGUGCUGCCUGGUGAAGCAAGGAGUUGCUCCCACCCAGCCAUUGCAACAUAGCAGUCCCAGCUGAGCAACGAACAAGGUUAUUUGAACCCUUUCACAACAGCUGUCUCAUCUUCCUUAUCUAGCUUAGAGUAGGGCUGCAAAAUGCACAACAAAAUCUCCCUUGUGAGUACCAGAAGUUCUUGGGUGUUCGUUCACCUCAGGAUAGCCUUGGAAAUACAGGAGCACAAACGUUGUCAGAGUAGACUUUAUGUGAACUGAGGUGAAGAAACAUGUUCAUUGUCAUUGAAUGCAUUAAAAGAAAAUUCCAGAAAAACUAAAGGAUAACUACUGGAAGGUAGAGUUAAGAAGAACUUAAGAAAAAGACAUUGAGUGUGGUCUUUUCAUUGUUGUUCCUGAAUCCCAGGACUUUCUGAUGUGAGUGAAAAGGUAUUCCCACAUGAUAUUCUGUGUUUGCUUCAGGGCAUUUGCAUUCCCAUGUGAAACCUUUUUCUUCUAAACUGUAAUGCACAUGAUACUGAGUCAGUUAAUCUAGAGAAGACUUGCCACCACAUAAAAAAUAACUGGUUGUUUGAAUGAUGUCUGUGAUGCAUGAAAUAGGUGGAAAACUUCCCUCACUCUGGAAUGUGCUGAACGCAUAGAGUUUAAGAAUGCAAAAUCAAUAUAAAUUUGGAAUUAGAAAUUUAAAAAAAGUGUUGGACUGAAGUAAAGAGAGUAUCCUGACUCAUUUUGGAAACAAAAAUAUUUGGAGAGACGUUAUUUCCUGGAAAACCCUGACAAGACUUUUUAAAAUUCUGCCUGUUAUUUCUCAUUGUGUCCCUUGUCUGCAGCAAUACUCGGUGGGUACACUGCCUGAGUAGGGAGAUGGAGAAUAUAGUGUUCAAAGUCGUCCCCGUGAUGUCACCAUCGCCCUAUGCCUGUGGGAUUUCUCCUGCUGAGGGAUAAGACUCUGCAGUUCAGGUCUGAGCCUGGUCUUUGUGCUGCCCUGGUUACGGCCGCGUUCCGUUGCCGGCCCCGGCUGUCUCGCUGCCUUGGGGAUCGCGGGCCGGGCCGAGCGGCAGCG